AUGUGUGAUGCUGAUGUUGCUUUGAUAGUUUUUUCUACCAACGGGAAGCUCUGUGAGUAUUCCACUGAUUCAAGCAUGGAAAGAAUUAUUGAAAGGUACGAAAGGUAUUCCUUUGCUGAGAAAAGAUUAAAUAUGACAGAUGAUGAAACACAGGAAAACUGGAAUCUCGAGUUCCCCAAGCUUGUGGCUCGGAUUGAACUUUUACAAAGAAACAUAAGGAACUAUGUGGGAGAAGAUUUGGAUCCGCUCAGCUUGAGAGAGCUUCAGAGUUUGGAGCAACAACUUGACACUGCUCUGAAACGUAUUAGAACGAGGAAGAACCAACUCAUGCAUGAGUCCAUUUCUGAACUUCAAAAAAAGGAGAGAUCAUUACAGGUGCAGAACAACUUAUUGGUAAAGAAGGGGAAGGAAAAAGAGAAGCAAAAUGGAGUGGAACACACGCAGCAGCAUGAGCAACACAAGUCUGCUCAAAAUUCGUCCAAUUUCGUAUUUCCUCACCCUCCCCCACAAUCACUAGGGCCUCCACCCCUCACUAUUGGGGGCGCUUUCGAGCAAGCAGGAGCCCGAAAUGAACAAGUCGGCGGAUAUCAAACUAUCCCUCAAUCUACUUCCCCGAUGCUGCCUUGGCUCCUCCGCCUCGCCAACCAAUAA